GCCCAGCACAACGCCAUGGCUGCAGCGAGCUUGCUCUUCCUAAUCAUCCUAGCUACAGUCUCCUCGUUCGGCAACUGUGCGAGCCAAGUAUUCAAUGGGAGCUGCUUCCCGGCCGAGAAGGCCGCGCUGCUCUCCUUCAAGGCCGGCAUCACAGGCGACCCGGCAAAUCGCCUUGUCUCGUGGCAGCAAGGAGACUAUGACUGCUGCCAGUGGACCGGCGUCACCUGCAGCGGCCGGACAGGCCACGGCGUCAAGCUUGACCUCCGCAACCCUUCUCCAACACAAUAUGAAUUGUUCGGUUUCGAGGACGCUCAGAGCCACUCGCUCCGCGGACAGGUAUCUUCUUCGUUGCUUGGUCUCCGACAUAGUCUUAGGCAUCUCGACCUGAGCAUGAACACUUCUCUCGGAGGUGCAAUGGCUAUGCCGGGAUUUCUGGGCUCUCUCCAGAGGUUAACAUAUCUCAACCUCUCACGCAUGGGUUUCCAUGGUAUAGUGCCUCCUCAACUAGGCAAUCUCUCCAAGCUGGUGCAACUUGACAUAGGCAGGUCUGGCGACGAUAAUCUAUACUCAAAUGAUAUAUCUUGGUUACCACGUCUCCGGUCACUAGAGCACCUUAACAUGGCCUUCGUCGACCUCACGGGAGUCGAUGACUGGGUCCAUACGGUCAAUGCCCUUCCCAAUUUGGUUGUGCUGAUUCUUCAAAGGUGUCGCCUUACUGCUCCAUCAGCACUUCUGCACCACAACCUCACAGUUCUUGAGGAGCUUGACCUCUCUGAUAACUCCUUCAACACUCUGGCAGUACCCAACUUUGUAUGGGAUAUAACUAGCCUCAAGAGCCUAAGCUUAUUGGAUUGUGGACUAUCAGGCCCGUUUCCUGACGAGUUGGGAAACCUGACUUUGUUAGAGACAUUUCGCAUUGCAUAUAAUAACUUCAAGGGAAUGAUACCGGGAACACUGCAUAAUAUGUGCAAUCUAAGGUCUCUACAACUCGGCUACAACAACAUCGGUGCAGAUAUUUCAGAGGUGAUAGAAAGGAUACCCAAAUGUUCUUGGAGGAAUUUGCAAGAGCUGAGUCUGGCAUAUGCCAACAUCACUGGCGAGGCAUUAACAUUUGUAUCAAACCUAACUAGCUUAAGAAAUUUUGAUGUCAGUGACAACCAGUUGAGUGGUUCAGUGCCGGUGGAGAUUGGCACACUUACAAAUUUGACCGUCUUAGACCUUGGAAACAACAACUUGAGUGGUGUGAUCUCAGAAGAUCAUCUUGCUGGUUUGAUGAAUUUAAAGUUAAUUGACUUAUCUUAUAAUUAUUUGGAAUUCACUAUUGGCUCGCGUUGGGUACCGCAGUUCAACUUGGUUUGGGCAUCAUUGUCAUCUUGUCACUUGGGUCCCCAGUUUCCGAACUGGUUACGAGGACAACAGAGCAUCAAUUACCUUGAUAUUUCAAACACGGGUCUACUUGGGAGAAUUCCAGAUUGGUUUUGGACAACCUUUUCUCAUGCUGGAUCGUUGGACAUCUCCUUGAACCAACUUAGUGGAGACUUGCCACUCAGCCUAGAGUUCAUGUCAGUGGUUAUACUUUCAAUGCAGUCAAAUAUACUGACUGGUUUGAUACCCAAGUUACCAAGAACUAUUGAGGUAUUAGACAUAUCUAGGAACUCUUUAAUUGGGUUUGUGCCAAAUUUCCGAGCUCCACAAUUGCAGGUUGCAGUUCUAUUUUCCAAUUCCAUUGCAGGGGCUAUUCCUACGUCAAUUUGUCGAUCACGAGAAUUGCGGGUCUUGGAUCUAUCAAAUAAUUUUCUUUCAGCGGAACUUCCUAACUGUGGUAGAAAAGAUCUGAAGCAACGAAACCCAUUCACCAACAACUCUUCAAGAGUCAAUUCCACGAGUUCUUUCAGUUUGAAAAUCACUACUCUUCUUCUACGCAACAACAGUCUUUCAAGCAGAUUUCCUUUGUUCACACAACAAUGUCCACAUCUUAUUUUCCUUGAUUUAACUCAAAACAAAUUCACUGGAGAGUUACCUGGAUGGAUCAAUGAAGCCAUGCCCCGCUUGGUUAUGCUUAGGUUAAGAUCGAACAACUUUUCUGGUCACAUACCAAAUGCAAUGAUGGAACUUCACAAUGUUCGUAUUCUAGAUCUAUCUAAUAAUAAGUUUUCUGGGGCCAUACCAAGAUCUCUACAAAACUUCAAAGCUUUAACUGGCACUGCUAUAGGUAACAACACACAAUUUGAGAAUCCUUUCGAAGAAACAUACUAUGUAAACUUUGGCCUCGCUGAUAGGGGUCAAUAUAAUGAUAGCUUAGCCGUGGUGAUAAAAGGGCAAGUGCUUGAGUACAGUAAGAAUACUAUAUAUUUGAUGAGCAUUGACUUGUCUUGCAACAGCUUAACCGGAGAAAUCCCGGAGGAACUAAGUUUCCUUGCCGGUCUCGUAAGCCUGAACUUGUCAUCAAACUUGUUGAGUGGAAAUAUCCCAUAUAAGAUUGGUAAACUUCGAUCACUGGAGUCUCUUGACCUCUCAAAGAACACACUUGGUGGUGGAAUUCCUCAGAGCUUAACAGAUUUGACAUACUUAAGCUAUCUAAACUUGUCAUACAAUAAGCUGUCAGGAAGAAUACCCUCAGGACAUCAACUAGACAUCCUCAAGGCAGAUGAUCCGGCUUCUAUGUACAUUGGUAAUCCUGGUCUUUGUGGACAUCCAAUUCCCAGGGAAUGUCCUGGUCCUCCCAGAGAUCUGCCAGCUAACAAUGAUUUAGAAAGUUGGCGUAAGCAUGGUUUGUCUCAAAUGGAUUUUCUUCUUGGAUUAAUUACCGGUUUUGUGGCGAGUGCUUGGAUGGUAUUUUGUGGACUUCUCUUCAUGAAGAGGUGGAGGUAUGCUUAUUUUAGGCUACUCGACGAACUAUAUGACAGGUUGUUUGUCAUUUCUGUCGUUACUUGGCAAAAAUGGUUCAGGAGCACGGAUGUAAAUUAAGCAAGUUGCUCUAUACAAAUAUGUUGCUACCUGAAUAUGGGGAUGAAGAACUUAUGUAUAUUGUGAAACACUUUGUCAUCGUACAAAGUAAACAACCACAUAUAUAUAUGCAUCACCCAUGGUAGUUGUAUAUAUUUCUCAUAAAGUAAAUGUAUUUAUUUGUAUUUCUGAAUGACUAUUUUGGACCAUGAGAUAUAUGAGUUUAUUUUGCUUGUG